CAUCACCAGUAUAAUCAUCGGCUGGGGCCGUGAGAGUGGACAUCACCCCGAGUAGGACACAGGAUACGAGCAGCUGUGGGAGGAGAAGGAAAUAGGUCAAUGGUGAGAUAAAUCCCCCCCACCCCGGGCGGCAAGUGUCAACACAGCAGUGUGCCUGUGCCCUGGGAAUUAUCGUUACCGGGAAGAGGCUUAUCGUUGGUUUACAUGAGGAGAGAUGGCCAACCAGCCUGUGAUUCUAAAUGUAUAUGACAUGUAUUGGAUCAAUGAAUACACAUCAUCUCUUGGAAUUGGUGUCUUCCAUUCCGGUAUUCAGGUAUAUGGUAGAGAAUUUGCCUACGGUGGUCAUCCUUAUCCAUUUUCUGGGGUCUUUGAAAUCUCUCCAGGGGAUUCCACUGAGCUCGGCGACACAUUUAAGUUUAAGGAAGCAAUAGCCUUGGGGAGCACAGAUUUUACUGAGAAUGACAUUGAAAAAAUAGUAGAGGAGCUCGGAAAAGAAUUUAAAGGCAACGCCUAUCAUCUCAUGCACAAAAACUGCAACCACUUCUCAUCAUCUUUAUCAGAGAUCCUGUGUGGCAAAGAGAUCCCUCGUUGGGUUAACAGGCUGGCAUACUUCAGUUCUUGCGUCCCGUUUCUACAGAGCUGCCUACCCAAGGAGUGGCUAACACCUGCCGCCCUGCAGUCCAGCGUCAGCCAGGAGCUGCAAGAGGAGCUAGAGGAGGCAGAGGACGCAGCUGCCUCCGCCACAGCAUCCACUUCCACAUCGUUAACUCCCAGACCUGGACGUCACACCAAACUAUAGAGAAGGCUUUUUUUUCACAAGGAACUUGACUUAGGAGCAAAAAAAAAGUUUUCUGUUAAGGUUUUAGAAUGAUCUCCAGCCACUGACACACUUCUAUCCAAAACUGAACAUUUUAUAGACCUUUUGGAUAUAAGAACAUUUGUUCUUUUGCAGUCUUUUCAGCUCAGGAUCGUGUUUGUAUUCUGCAAACUCUGUGAGAUGGGACAUAUUCUACAGUAGCCACUUUAUUAUAUCAAUAUCUUCGUCCCAUUUACUACUUCUGAAGUUACUUCAUAAAUGUCUUGCAUACAUUUCCAUACCUUUUUGGUAUUUUUUAUUUUUUUUUUAUUUUUUACUAUUUUUAUUCAGUAUUUGGGAUUUUUGCUGUUUACAAGAGUUGCAACACAUCCUGCCCCACACUACGAGUGAAGGGUUCUCAAUUCUUGUCUCACACCUGGCAGGGAUCUGAUCAUUUACCUCGGCCGUGGAAAAUAAUGUUGGAACACUCUGCCUUUAGUCCAGUAGCACCUUGAAGACAAUGAGGUGACCUAUAGUGUUAAUGCAUUGCGGACAAGGUUGUAGGCGAAUAUUCUUCUGGGAAAAUGCUUUACAACAUAAGGGGUUUUUUUCUUUAGUACUCACCCCAAUCAUCACAGGAAGAAAAAUUGCACAUGUCUAAUCAGUUUGGCACUGAUCACCGGUUUAUGAAUACACUCUGUACUCAUCAUAAAGUGUUCUUUAUUUGUUAUUGAAUGCGCCCCUCAACGUUUCUUUAACAAGACCAAACAUGAAAAUGUGAAUUUCCUUGUUUGUAUGCAAUGACAAAUGUGUUAAAUCUUUUUCGAGAGCCUUCAGCUACUGUGUGUGUCAUUGGCUGAUUAGUUAAGGUGUCAACCUGUGUAUGAAUUGCACAAACCGUUCCAUCGCGCAGUGUGUUAGUUCUGUCGGUUAUCUAAAGAGUCAGACUACGCAGCAGCUGUUGGCCUCCAAACCUGGUGCAUCUGUGCUCCACGUCCAUCACCUAAUGACAAACUGCGUGCUUUAGGUGUAAGUGACUUUUUUUAUAUUAGCGAAUACAAUAAUUAAGACUUUA